UUUAUGUGCUGUUGAUUUUGAUCUGUAUCAUGGAAAUGAACAAGAGAAUAUUUUUUUUUUCCUCUGAACUGUGAUGAAUAUUUUUCCCAUAUUUUUCCAAAUAUCGCUUACUGACGAGUGUAUGUGAAGAUACAUCGAAAAAUACAUAUCGAUACGGAAAUGGAAAUAUAUAUAUAAUUUAUAAAUUUCCAUUAUUUUACAAUAUAUUGACAGAAUUUGUACUCGUAUCAAACCGUGUCCGCAAUUUGCAAUAGUGACGUCACAAGGGCCUGCGUCAGGGACUUUGAUCAGAAAAAAAAACAAACCCCGAGCAAUUGGCGAAGAAAGCCUUUCGGAAAACGGAGAAUAUGAAAAAGGAAAUUCACAGUUUGUGCGCGAAAUAAUAAGGAAACUUUUGGAAUUGGAAAAUCGAGUGUGUCAUUAGUGGAUGUCACGUGACCGAGCAUGAUGGAGGUCCCGUGGGUUGCCAAAAGGUCACUGAGAGGUCAGGUCAUGCCUCUUCUGUUGCUUCUGUUGCAUCUGCACUGCUCUGCCUUGCCGCUCACAGCGAGUGAAGACUACGACGUUCCAGACUAUAGUGACGACCAGGACUACGUAAGCGCAGACUACAUGCCAGGUGUCAGUGGUAUUAUCCGGCGAGAGAACUUGAAAAAUAUUACGAGCUGCCUCAACGGAGACAAGACGGAGGAGAGCGCGUGCAGCUGUCACCCGUGCUGGGAAGGGGAAUUCUGUCACGUGUACGAGGAUCAUUACUCGCCUCGGUUCCUCGUCCACGCUGCCACCGCUGUUGUGCCCGAGAACAUCACGGGACCAGUGUACCGGGCGUGGGCCACCGACGGCGACCUGGGCCUGACGUGUCCCUUGGGGCCCGGGGAAGCGUCGCGGUGUCCCUGCGCGGCCGUCAACUACCAGCUUUUUGCUGCCCCUGGAGACCAUCACUUCUUCCUCCAUCAGUCGACGGGCGUCCUCAGCCGGAAUCUCAGCGUGCCUCUUUACCCCGGCACGACACAUAACUACAAGCUGAUGGUCCAAAGCACACCGAAACGCGAGAGAAUCCAAGACCUGCAGUACGACAUCCUGGACCUGAAGAUCUACGUCAGCCCUGAUUACGUCACGAUCAUCCCCUGGACCUGACCCGUGGCAGAGGACGAGGAGGAAAACCAACUCGCCCGCCAUGGCUUGCUCUGAGGACGAACCUUCGACGUUCUUGGGUGUGUGUGUCGCCCUCGGGAGACAGCUUGAGAUUCCUUCACCUCUCAUCUUCACCAUGUGAUUUCCUUGGAUAACUUUGGCCAUUCCUGUUUUAUACCCUCCUUGUCAUCUAUACUUUCAUUUCCACUGCCUUAUCGUUGUUUCUCUUCGUCUAACACCCACCGACUCUUCUUCCCCCAUCGCUCCUGACUGCCAUUCCUCCCUCCUGACUCCUCUUCCCUCUACGACCUCGUGAAGUGUUCUAAGUGUCUUUGAAAAAAUGUGUUUUUCAGUUCGUUUAGACGAAAAGAUGAGAUGUGUUUGGAUUUUCUGAAAAAAUAAAUGGAGUAAGAAAAGAGAUAGAUAGAUAGAGAGAAAUAACUCAAAACACAUAAAGAGAAACUUCAGUGAAUCAAAGGCCCAGCUCUGAAAGGCUAACAGAUACACGUUACUCCCUUCCCCUUUUCACAGGUAAUGGCGACAGCUUUUCAUCUGCCUUUCGAUAGCUGCAGUAAAUAUACUUUUCUGACCAAGACACAGAACUAAAAAGGGCAGUUAAUCUGUUUCUCACGAACGCUUAAGAAAACCGAGGAAACGCGAAUGACGCUUGCCUUUGUGUGUCAAUGGUCACGAUGCGGCUUUUCCUCACCGAGUGCGACUAACGUUGAAAGGUCGUUUACCUUGAGAUCCUUACGACAUCUGGCAACUCAUUAUCGACAGUGUCCUGUCUUGAUAUUUUUUUUUUACAUUUUCUUUGAUAUUUUUAUAAUCUAAGGAAAAUGGGAUCGGAAACAGCUUAACAUUUUCUAUGAAAGGAAAGGAAGCAAAAAAAUAAAGGAGAGAUAAAUUAAUUAAAAGAAAUAGAUAAAAGGAAGGAGACUUCGAAUAAGGAAAAGAAAAUGCCUUCAUGAAUAAGAAGAAAAAUCGUACAGGUUUUAAAGUUGAAGGCACUGCCGAAUGUCAGAAACACUUUGGCAUUUCUUGCAGUCCCAGAUGCUCUGUUUUUGGGACAUUUUCAAGAGCAGAUUACAAGAGGGGGAAGCCAAAUGUUGAUAAGGUCAAAAUAAGAUUUUAUAUAAUCCCGAUAAGCAUUUUUUUCUCACCGUUGUACGUCAUCGUGUCAUUGUUUUCAAAGGGACUUAAACAAUUACUCAUUAAUAUAUUAAAAGAAAAUUAAUUGUAUUUUUUUCUUAUCUAUUGAGCUGGUAAACAGAUAUCAGAGACAUUUUCAACCACAGUAGUUAUCUAAUCAGAAACAUAAGUAAAUCGAAGAAAGACACGUAUUCUGAAUUACCCUCAGUGUAACUCCCUUACAGAAAUGGAAUAACUAUCAUGUUGUAAUCUAUCUGUAUUAUAUAAUGUAAUAGACUAAAGAGUUCCAGAUAUUUUCGUAUGUGCUACACUAAUGUUGAUAUGGCAGCGUCGUGCAUGUUGUAGAAAUAAUGAUAAUUAAGAGAUAUACUGUAUUCAUUGUUUACUCGUUUGUUUUCGUGAGAUUAUCGUGUACUAGUUUUUACUUAUUUGUUCAUUAAUAGUGUUUGUCUCUUUGUGAUAUUUUUGUCACGUUUUCUGUUACAUAGUUGUGUUUAGGAGAGAAGGAACUGCAAAUUGUGAAGUUGAAUAGUAGACUUAAUAAUUGUAUUACAGUUUGAAAGAUCAUAAAAAAGGGAAUUAUAACUAAAGUGGAAAAUAAUCGUGAGAGAUUAGGCAUUUAACAGGAAGAUUAAUGAAGAAAAAAUAGAGUUUGUGUUUUUUAUCCUUAAAUUAUUAAUUAAUGACUUAGAGAGAAAAGAGAAUUUUGUCUAAAAUGUGCUUGUAAAUCUAGCUCACUCAAAGAAACUCAGGACAAAGCUGACAAAAAUACAUUGGAAUUUAGAAUAUAGUAUAUUAUUAACGUAAGAAUUACUGUUAUUCUUUUUAAAUAAUUAUUUAUAUGAUAUCACACAUAUACCUAAUACGCAAAUAUUUGACGUCAUCAGCCCAGAGUUAACAAUGCGGCUUAUUAAAAAAAGAAAAAAAAGAAAAAUGAACAGGAAAAAUAUGAAAAGAAAAGGCUAAUUACAUAUAAUCCCACCUGUGAAAGAUUAUACAGGAUAGGUCUGUGUCAUACCUUAAUAUACUGAAACUAUUGUUAUGUGCAUUAUACUGACUAUCACAAACCCAGCACUUUGUUAUAAUUUUAAGCCUCAUUUUUACACCAUAUAAAGUAAAUCCUGUUCCAUAACCUGCUAAUCAUGAAAUACAGAUUCAAGCUGGAUCAGUAUAAUCUAGGGUAAUAUUUUGAUACAAUUAUCCUUUACAUAAUUAUCGUUUAUGCAAUUAAGAUUGACCUAUAACGUUAUAUAAAACAAAAUUAUAUUGUAUAAAUAUAGACAGAGGAUUAUUAUAAAGAUACUUUGAUAUAGUGAAGAGUGAAGAGUGACAUUAAAGCGACUAAUUAUCAAUUUUCUUUGUGUACUUAUUAUAUUCUCAUUAUUUUGUGAUCUUGAUUUAAGGAUUAUAGUAAUAUGUAAUCUUAAGAUAUGUGCAAAAUAGUUCGUCUUAUCAUUUUAUUUAUAUAUUAUUUCCCCUUCAUUUUAGACAUAUCAGUAACAGAUAUAUAUAUAUAUAUAAAAUGUCACACAUGUACCUAGAAUGGUUAGAUUAGAAAUUCGUAUAAGACUGAUUAUAUAUAACAAAAAGUUGAAUUACUGAAAAGGAAGAGUUUCUUACUGUAGUUACAUCUAGUGUUUGUGAUGUGUCACACGGUAUCUCUGAAGAAAUAAAUAUAUAUAUGAGUAACUUUA